CGAAAUUUAAAUCGAUCAUUAUUUUUUGUAUAAAUACAUUAAAAUUCGAAAUAUUCUUCUUAUAAAUAAAUAUGUUACUUAAGAUUAUUAAUAAUAAUUUCAUUGAUUUAAUCAAUGAUUUAUAUUUAUUAAUUCGAUGAAAUAUCGUUUAACGAUAUUUUUCAUUGAUUUUUAUUUAAUAGUAAGAUUUGCAUUUUUGAUACAUUGAAAUUAUGAAGAAUAUUUUUCAUUUUGUCUACACUUCUCUCACUGAUAUCAGGACAAAUCUACGAAAAUUAGAUAAGCAUGUUUCUGGAUUUGGCAACACUUCCAUUUUCUAUAGCAUGCAACAAUUUAUUCGAACAGUGCGCGAAAUGGAAGAUACAAUUUUAAUUCCCAGACGGCUUCUAGAUUUAACUGUAAACGAUUUACAAGAUACAAUUUAUUUGGAAGACAAAUAUAAUUCUAUCGUUAAAGCAAUUUGGCCUAAUACAGAUUUGUAUCAUCUUUAUAAUAUUAUUAAUCAAAUGAAAGUUGAAAUGUUAUGGUCAUAUGAUCAUAUGAACAAUUAUCAUGAUUCAGAAGAAGAUUCCAUUUUAAUACAAAGAUUUAAACAUGCUAGGAGUUUAAAUAACACAUCAGUGUAUAGUAUAAAAAGUACUGGUACUUCUUUUAAUUCAGAAUCAGAUGUAAUCAUUGAAAAUUAUUCUGAAAUGAUAAAUCAAGACGGUGCUAAUACUAUUAUACGAUCUUUUAAAAAACAUUUACGUGGAUUACAUUUUAAUAUUCAAAAAAUGACAUUAGCUGCUGAAUAUUUGAUAUUAACAUAUCAAAGAAUGAUCGAUCAUCAAACAUAAUUUUUUAAAUAAUUAAAAAUACAACAACAUAUUAAAAAGUUAUAUUAUAUUACAUCAAAUU